AUGUCCUUCCCACCAUCCUUCCACACUGCGCGGCUCACCUUUGUGCCUAUGAACGCGGACCUGCACGCCGCGGCGAUUUUUGAGACUCGGGGAUGCGAGCAUGUGAUGAAGUAUAGUAUAAACCACGCCCCCGACCCCUCCGUGGCCGAAACCCACGCCUGGGCCUCGAAAUACAACCACUUCGAUGGCCCUCCGACCUCGAUCAACAUCAACGACAACAUCUCCCCUAUCGGCUACGUCAUCCAGGAACGCCUCCCUGUGCCAGCAUCUUCAUCUUCCCCCCUGAACAACACGAUCAGUGACACCACCACCACCACCAAGCAAGCCAAAACCGACGUCAAAUUCGGCCCCCCUCAAAACCAAGACAGGAUCAUCGGCAUGACGGGUCUCGGCCUCAAUACGUCCCCCUUGACGCCGAACUCUCCCGAACGGCGCUGGGAACUCGGAUACGGAUUCCAUCCUUCUGCGUGGGGACGGGGGAUCGCGACGGAGGUGGUGAGGGGGUGGAUUCGGGCUGUGGGGGAGGAGGGGUUGUUGGGUUUUGCGUUCUCUUCUUCUUCUUCUUCUUCUUCCAAUACUGGGUCUGCAUCUGGGUCUGGCUCUACAUCUGGAUCUCCCAGUACCGGAACCGACACUGUCUCUGACUCGGUGAAUGGAUCCACCGCGGAAGGAAAGAUGAAGAUAAAACCAGUCCUGGCAGCUUGCACCGACGCGCGGAAUGAGGCGAGUAUGCGGGUGUUGGAGAAAUGUGGGUUUGUGAGGACGGGGGAGUUUUUGGAUAGUGAGGGGAGGGGGAAUUUUGAGUUUGAGUAUCGGUUUUAG